GGACGGGGCUGUGCUGCUCUGUGAAAUUCCACUCCAUAAAAUGUUUGUUUUUGUGAUAUUAUUUUAACAAAAUAUACCGAUCGGUAAAUAUCUCGGUUUGUAGCUACGUUUUUACUACUGGUACGUUCUCGCUGUUGGCCCGAUUUCGUGUUUUUUUCUUUUUUAAACACGAGCAUGAAAUGUGCUCUGGGCGGAGAGAAAGCGUGGGGGAGGGUUGGGUGAAAGGUGAAAGUUGAGAGGUGCUAGUUUUGUUGUCUUUGUGUAAAAGAGUGGAGCUCGAUCUCACACUAUCACACUUCCCUCUUCCCCGAAUCCUUUUAAAACUCUCCCCCUGGGUUUAUACCCCCCCGAACCUCUCCCCUUCUACCCUUAAAACCCCACCCUCCCCCUGAAUACAUCUCAAGGCACGGAUCAGAUUCCAUUUUUUGUGACCAAAGACCCCAGCUUUUGACUCACCAGCCCUUCUCCCCCUGACGCUGCAGUGAUGGACUCCGGUGUGAUUGAAGGAGGGCUCAAUGUCACCCUGACCAUCAGAUUGCUCAUGCACGGCAAGGAAGUUGGAAGCAUAAUUGGCAAGAAAGGUGAAUCUGUGAAGAAGAUGAGAGAAGAGAGUGGUGCACGCAUCAACAUUUCCGAGGGGAACUGUCCGGAGCGGAUUAUCACUUUGGCAGGCCCCACCACCGCCAUUUUCAAAGCUUUCUCCAUGAUCAUUGAGAAGCUGGAAGAGGACAUUAGCAGCUCCAUGACAAAUAGCACGGCCACCAGCAAGCCACCUGUGACCCUGCGCAUUGUGGUGCCAGCCAGCCAGUGUGGCUCACUCAUUGGCAAGGGUGGCUGCAAGAUUAAGGAAAUCAGAGAGUCAACAGGCGCACAGGUGCAGGUUGCAGGGGACAUGCUUCCAAAUUCCACGGAGCGUGCCAUCACCAUUGCCGGCACCCCCCAGUCCAUCAUCGAGUGCGUCAAGCAGAUCUGCGUGGUCAUGCUUGAGUCCCCUCCAAAGGGUGUGACCAUCCCUUACAGGCCCAAGCCAUCAGGCUCUCCUGUUAUCUUCGCAGGCGGACAGGCGUACGCCGUUCAAGGACAGCACGCGAUUCCACAGCCCGAUUCUUCCUCUGCCUCUAUCUCUCCACAGCUCACAAAGCUUCACCAGCUGGCCAUGCAGCAAAGCCCCUUUCCGCUGGCCCCCAGCAGCCAGGGCUUCACUGCAGGGAUGGAUGCAUCAGCCCAAACUGGCUCCCAUGAGAUGACCAUUCCAAAUGAUCUAAUUGGGUGCAUCAUUGGCCGCCAGGGUGCCAAGAUCAAUGAGAUCAGGCAGAUGUCUGGGGCUCAGAUUAAGAUUGCCAACCCUGUGGAGGGCUCUUCAGACCGCCAGGUCACCAUCACUGGCUCCCCCGCCAGCAUCAGCCUGGCUGAGUACCUCAUCAACGCCAGGCUCUCCUCUGAAGCAACUGGACUGGCGACCAACUGAAACAUGACACUGCAUCUGCACUAAACCCCCUCUUCCCCCAUGCACACUUUUUACCAUCAGAUCCUUCAAAGUGGUUAAUGCAACUAUCCAGUAUUCCAAAUUGACUGUUUUAUUACUUUGUUUUGUUAAAAUUCUGCCCACCAUAAGUUGAUCUGCAUACAUUUUAUUUAUUUUUUCCUUAAGAAUUU